UUUUAAAUUGAAAGAAUCAAAGAAAGAAGAUGAGAUGUGAUGUCACACCAAGCCAUAGAUAACGACAUAUUGAGAUUUUUAAUAUCAAUAAAUGGUUGAUGGUAUCCACUCUAACUGCACUGUAAUAAGACAGCUUGAUAAAGAUGUAAACACUCGUUUAUCUCCGGUUUUUGUUUUUUUUAUUUCCAGUCUAUGACACAGCUCCUAGGCUGUAUGACUUUGGGCCUGGAACAAUUGGUGCACCAAUGUUAUUUAGAUAUUCAUUCGACGAUGCAAGAAUGGGUCCUCCAUAUGAAUUUCGAUUCAAAUUUGCCCAAUUUCCACAAUAUGAUAAAACCCUUGUCUCAGAUCAAAAUGGUAAAGAUUACGUCGUAACAUUUGAAUCAGCGAAAGCUGGUAACUAUACAGUACAAAUCGAUGCAUGGUAUUCUCGUCAUGGAAUUCCUUUUCAUUGGAUAGGAACUCUUCACUCUACUUUCCAGCUUACAGAUUCACUAACUGGAACUAUAGCGGUAAAUGAUGAUGCAAGGAAAAAGGUUGUUUCCACUGCAGAGCCGUAUAAACUCACUGCCAGAAUGAGUUAUUAUUUCGGGUUCUUCAACUCAGCUGCUAUAACAUACAAAUGGAUUAUCAAUGAUGAACAACAAGAAGAAAGCAAAGAGGUUAUUGAACAUACUUUUUCUCGGCCUCAACUGAACAACAUUUCAGUGAUUGUUACAGCAACUAAAACCAAUGGAAGUCGUCUUAUACAAAAAUCUGGUACAUUCAACCUUACAUUGGAAAGCAAAGAUCCAAUUACUAAUUUGACUAUUGAUGGUCCAACCGAGGUUAAAGUGUUUGAAAGACUUCAACUGGACUGCAAAAUUCAUGGUGGAACACCUCCAUUUCAAUAUGACUAUUCCUCCUGGUUGGGAGUGAAGGGUAGAUUUCUGACUUAG